ACGCUGCUUACAUCCUUGACGACCUCUUGGACAAGUGUGCUACUGAAUCAUUGGAGAUGGAGUACCUAGGAUUCAACUGUGGACUAGCAGACAAGGUGCGAAGAUCUUUCUUAUCCUCUUUUCAUCCAAAGCAUGUUGCUUUUCGUUACAAACUUGCUAAGAAAUGAUGAGGAUAAGAGUGAAGUUAGAUGGAAUCGCCGAAGAAAGGAAGUUUCAUUUACCGGAGAUGGUUAGAGAGAGAAAAGUUGGUGUUCAAGACUGGCGCCAAACCACCUCAAUAUUACCUCAACCGUUAGUCUAUGGAAGAGAAAAAGAAAAGGAUAAAAUCGUGGACUUUUUGGUUGGUGAUGCAUAUGAAUUGGAGGACUUAUCUGUCUAUCCAAUAGUAGGCCUAGGGGGACUGGGUAAAACAACACUUGCCCAACUCGUCUUUAAUAACGAGAGGGUAGUCAACCACUUUGAAUUAAGAAUUUGGGUGAUUGUUUCUGAAGAUUUCAGUCUCAAAAGAAUGGCAAAAGCUAUCAUAACUUCAAUAUCUGGGGAGGCCUAUGGAGGUGAGGAUUUGGAUCUAGAGCUACUACAAAAAAGACUUCAAGUUCUACUUCGAAGAAAAAGAUAUUUGCUUGUUUUGGAUGACUUGUGGAACCAAAAACAAGAGUAUUGGCUGAGAUUGAAAUUUCUAUUGGCUUGUGGUGGAAAGGGUACUUCAAUUUUGGUCACUACUCGUCUUUUAAAUGUAGCCAAAAUCAUGGGGACAGUGCCUCCUCAUGAAUUAUCUAGGCUAUCUGAUAAAGACUGUUGGGAAUUGUUUAGGCAACGAGCGUUUGGACCAAAUGAGGCAGAAGAUGAAAAGCUUGUGGUCAUAGGAAAGGAGAUACUAAAAAAGUGUGUGUGAGUCCCUCUUGCGGCAAUAGCACUAGGAAGUCUUUU